AUGGAGGAUAAGAAUGUAGCGAUCUGCUUGUUGCGCAGUUUCCGCAACAGCUACGAAAACGUAGUACUCAACUUGGAGAUGAGCAGCGCGGAACUGCGGACGCAUGACAUUGGGAAUGUGCUCAUGAAUGAGAAUAUCAAGAGACAAGGCGAGAAGAAGACGUCGGUGAACACUGAGGAAGCAAGCAAGACCAUCGGUACCGAGCGUGAGUCUCGCCAGUGUACCUUCUGGAGGAAAAAAGAGCAUACGGUGGAUCGAUGCUGGACCAAGCAAAAGGAAGAAAUCGAGGAGCUCGACGCGGCGGCAAUGCCCGUGGACGCGGAGUCGAUCGAGUUCAGUGGCAGGAAUACAGCAACAACCAUUUCUUCGGCCGAGUGGCGUUUGAUGUUUCGCUUGAAUGCGAGCUUUCUUCUGGCAAGGGCAAGUCUGGUAUGUAUGCAGUCGACAGCGGCGAGGCGCACCAUAUCUACUACGACAAGAACAAGUUCGCAGCUCUCAGUGAAAGCGAUGAAGGCGAAGUAUCGGUUGCGAAUGGGAGCAAGACUGCAAUCAUGA